AUGGCUGGUAGUGAAGUUGAAUGUGUGGGCCAGGGGAGCCGUACGCGACCUUUCAACAACCCGUCCCUUAUAACCUACGUCGAUGCUACGCUUUCCACUCAGAAGACUUUGUACGGUAUUUGUACCACGCCUAUUCAGGGCGGGUUGAGUGCGCGCGACAAGAUCGGUAUCGGCAUUGGAGGCCCGGCGGCGGUAGCCAUGCUGGCGACGGUGGGAUUUUGGGGUUUCAGAUGGUGGAAGGUCAGGAUCGAGAGGGAGGAAUCUAUGUUAUUGGAUGAUGGUUCUCCUCCGGCGUAUCCGGCGGAGUCUACUAGCAAGUGA